AUGUCCUCCAGAACAGUUGCCAUGGUCCCAACCGGCCCCCUCCAUCGCGGUGACCGCAUCAGAAGCGAUGGCCCGCAGGCCAGGGUCGACGAACUGGUUCGCAAGUACCGCAAGGCCAACGCUCCUAGUGCUGUCAUGCUCGAAGUCUUCAACGAUGCGGAUACAUACUCUCUCCUCGUUGGUGCUCUACGCCGGCAGGUGGCGCUCUCCAAGUGCCGCUCGCAGGAGUUCGAAGACUGCCAAGUGACCAUCUAUGACAGAGCUUUGCUCAUUCUCUCCAACUACGGAGAGAGCGCAACUGAUCCGGGUGCGCUGGAGCUCUACUUGACUGAGUUUCUGGGAAUCGUUCCGAUUGCACCCAUAUCCGACGGUGUAGAGACGGUCUCUAAGCACGUUGAAGUGCAGAAUGUCUUGAACAAGGCCAUAGCCGACCAUGAGCACAGCGAGACCGCAGUCGCCGCUCCCAGCAAGGAGUUCAAGCGCGAAGAAGAGGCGGCGCCCUCCUCCCCCUUCAACAUCGAUGUCGAGUACUCACGCUACUUCCCCGACUCCCCUGCCUACGACGACGAGAACAUCAAACACGCCGCACCUUUGGAUCCUAGCAGCGAGGCACUGAAGGAUGACGUUCGCGUGGCACGCCUCUUGGAGGUCUACCAGCAGGCCAAAGAAGACUACUUCAACACAAAGACCAGAGACGGGUUCGAAAGCCUUAGCGCAGUCCGCUUCCUCCGCGACUCAGCCGAGAACACGCUUCGCUACUUUCAUGCCAACGGACUCUCUGAUAACUGCUAUGUCCCGGACCUGGAGCAUACCUUUGCCAUAGCAAGGGACAAGACAGCCCAGCUCCUGGGUGGCCGUAAACGCCACUUUGACGACGACACGGGCAACUGGAGCAGGCAGUACCACUUUAACCGCAGCAGAAGCAAGAGACGCAGUGAGAGCAGAGGCGAAAAGCGUUCUCGUCGCAUCGUCGACUCGUACCGUCCUCAUGCUUAA